CUUAUGUUCUGCGGGUUUCAGAGCCACAUCACAGAAGAAAGAGUGGGCUCGAAUCAACCAAGCGUGGCGACCGUACCGGGGAUAGUAUCGAGUGAAGCUACCACUCAAACAUCUAAUGAGACCACGAAGAUGGUAUACUACGUUAUACCAGUUUGCCAGUAUUGCCCGCAGAAGAAACACGAAGGAAACACUAUGGUGGACUGUUCAAACAAAUCCGGAACCAUAGCCAUCCGUAGUUUUCCUCUAGACUGUCCUAAAGACGUGCAUGUGAGUCGCAUAUUACAUGUAUUCGAGUUUAUCCAUGAUAGUUUCAUUGACUGAUCAGUUUCGUUUACGAAUUUCACCCUAUCUAGACGCUUACGCUCGAUGGAAGGACAAUAGUACAACAAAUUAAACCUGACCAGGUCAAAGAAAUGAAUUACAGCAAGUUGGCUAAUUUAUACAUGAGAUUUUUAAAACCUAUAUUUUAUUUUCCUGAAUAUUUUUUUGAUUCCUUUGUCAAUCUGGAAGAACUCGACCUAACUCAGUCUAUGUUUAAUGUCUCAUCUAAGGAUUUCAAAUGGCCUUCAUCAUUGAAAAAAUUAAUCGUCAACCGUUGUUCGUUGCUUGAGUUGCGGGGUAUCGCAGCUUUGCAAAAUCUAGAAGAAUUACACGCGAAUGGAAAUUAUCUUCGAGCUUUGCCGAAAAUUAAUCGAAAUGCUUCCAUAACGUAUAUUGAACUACGUGAAAAUCCAUUAGAUACGGUCGAUGUAUCUAUAUUGGCUCCUCUCUGUAAAUUGGAUUAUUUAGGUAUUAAAGUUUCGAAAUUUGGCAAGCUGAAUAAACCGGAACGAUUUUGUCACUGUGCCAGAUUGAAAAAGUGGAUAAAAAUGGCGUCACUUCGAGGCGAAGAAAUGUUGAUAUGCGAUUCGGGUAAUCGUAGUAUCCGUGAGGAGGAAUUUUGUGAGGAAGAACUCAUAUUCAGUGCUGAUAUAUUGAACGAUUAUAACCAGUGUUUCACUAGGGAACCGCCUACUUCGUUAUGGGAAUUGUUGCUCUACGCUUUGUUUUUCUCUAUUCUAUUUCCCAUCAUUUAUUUUGCGUAUGAGGCGUAUAAUAAAUUCAAUUCCGCCUAUGAAGAACGUAGAUCUAUUGCAAAAUCACGACCGCAUUAUCCUGAAUCGCCCAUCGGAUCCAGUCGGUACAGUUCAGAACUUGAGGAAGAAUAUGAAAGCAAUGACGAAAGUCAAGUAAACGAGGAAAACAAAAGUUAUGUGUACAUGAAUGAUGAUGGAGUCGAGCAUUUGGAGAGCACCUAAUCGUGAUCGAAGCUAAGAUGAAGAUGUUUGGUACUAUGUUUCUGGCGACAUUUUGGAUAGAGAUGCGAUGUAUAGAUGAACCAGGACCGAUGUGUGAAGUUAAACAUAUGAAGCAUCAUGAUCAUACUCAUCUUCUGGCAAACUGUUCAAAUAAGUACAGUGGAAUCUCUAGAGUUCCGCGAGAUUUAAGCUCUGAAAUAGAAGUUGGUGUAGUUUAUUUGAGUGAUUCUUAUCUCAAUUCUUCAAAAUUUUUUGUAAAUGUGUAUUACUAACAUGUUAAUCAUUUUUACUCUGUACUGAAGUGGAUGACAAUGUCGGGUCUGAUUUUAAACGAGUCAGAAAUCUCAAACGAUUUAUUCAAACACUACGUAAAAUUGAAGAGACUUGAAAUACGCGAUAUAGAAAAUUGGGAAAAUCCGAUGGUGUUUCACGAGGAUGCAUUUUCGAAACUCGAGAAGUUAGAGAAGCUAACCAUACAUGACACCGUAUUCGACAAAAAUCCGGAUUAUAUAUUGCCUCUAACUUUAAAAAGAUUGGAAUUGACUAAAGUAGGAUUAGAGCAACUCGUCAAUACCAAAUCAUUGACCAACUUGGAGUGUCUAGAUUUAUCGAAUAAUCGAAUAGAGCAAUUUCCAAAGCUGAAUGAAAAAGCUUAUAAGCUAAAUACUGUUAUCUUGAAGGAUAAUCCUAUUGCUAUGAUCACAGUGGAACAAGUGGCGCCCUAUUGUUUGCUAACCACUUUGGAUCUGGCAUUAACGAAAGAUGCCAAUUUUACCAAAACUGGUGUAGAUUUUUGCCCCUGUUUAAGACUUCUCAAUUGGAUGAAAAAAAAGGUGCCCUCGGGUGAAGGCAUCAAACUGGAAUGCGGAUCGAUUGGUAGGUAAGUUUUGAUGAUAACUCGUAUUUUACGAAUAUGUUUGUUUUAGUCAGACGGUCAGAUUGAAAUUAUUAUUCUGAUUGUUGGUUCGCGUGUUUUACUCAAGGUAGCGGUGCA